GGCAGCGCGGUGACCGUCAGCAUCCCCCAGGGUGCGCUCAGAGGCCGCAGGCUCAAGACACCCUCCGGCAGAACCUACUGCAGCUUCCAGGGUAUCCCUUAUGCCAAGCCACCGGUCGGGCCGCUCAGGUUCAAGUCACCGGAACCACCAGAACCAUGGAGCGGCAUACGAAACGCAACAAAGGAAGGCAACAUAGCCCCGCAGAUAGACUUCCUUAUGAGAAGCAAGACGGAAUAUGAAGGAGACGAAGACUGUCUGUACCUAAACGUUUACACUUCAAAGCUUCCAACAGGAGAAAAUGCACAACUCAUCCCCGUUAUGGUGUGAAUCCAUGGAGGAGCAUUUUUGUUAGGUUCUGGGAAUACAGAGCUGUAUGGGCCGGAUUAUCUCAUGGAACAUGAUGUUCUGUUAGUGACGUUCAACUAUCGUCUUGGAGUGCUUGGAUUUCUAUCCACGGAAGACCAGUUGGUCCCCGGAAACGCAGGUCUCAAAGACAUGGUGAUGGCUCUGAAGUGGGUAAAGAGCAACAUCGCCAGGUUUGGCGGUGACCCGGGCAACGUCACCAUAUUUGGCGAGAGCGCGGGUUCCAUGUCCUGUCAUAUACUCUCCAUAUCUUCUGCGGCCAAAGGUUUAUUCCAACGUGUAAUUUGUCAAAGUGGAGUCCCAAUCAAAGGUCUGAUGGGUAGUGGUGGUAGAGAACAAGCAUUCGGCUUAGCCAGAACCCUGGGUUUCACCGGGAACACCACGGAGGAACUGGUCGCCUUUUUGAUGGAACAACCGGCAAGAAGACUCGUCGAACAUGCGCCUGAGGCAGUUACGAAGGAGCGACUGGAGAGACCGACAAUGGCGCCAUUCGUACCAUCGAUCGAGCCUCCUGGGGUGCCAGACAGUGUGCUUACCCAAGACCCUUACGAUAUACUAAGCAGUGGAAAAUUUACUCCAGUGCCGAGGAUUGUAGGCGUCACCUCUCGUGAAGGACUGAUUUUUACGCAUGUACUCAACGUGGACAAAGCAGCCCUGCGAGAGCUCAACUUGAACUUUCAGAGAGCUCUACCCGCCACUAUUCCUGUCAAAAAGGAGGAGCGCAUCGCCGUUGCUCGAGACGUCAAGCGCUUCUAUUUUGAUAACCAGCCGCUAGACGAAUCUACAAUUGAUCUGUACGCUGACCUCCAUGCAGACCUUGUCACCAUAUACCCCUCGGUGGUAACGGCUAGGAUUCUCUCUUCCAUGCCUGCGGCUCAGCCUACCUAUUUCUAUCACUUCGACGUCACUACAAAACUUAAUGUUUUUAAGAAACUGUAUGGAGAGCAGUUUUCAGGUGUCAGUCACUGUGAUGAUUUACCUUACUUGUUUUCCGAAGAGAAAACGAAGGACAUUCCGAAGGGACCAGAAACCGAAGAAGGCAAAGCCAUAGCGCGUAUGACCCGGCUUUGGACCAACUUCGCCAAGACUGGGAAUCCAACACCAGAUCCAGCGGACCCUAUGUUGUCAGUGACCUGGUUGCCUUUCAAGAAGGACGAGGGAUAUUACCUAGACAUCACCAGUGAUGGGUUGAGUUCUAAGAAGGAUUUGAUGAAGGAUCGAGUGGACUUCUGGGACAGUAUCUUCAGGAUGUAGAUGAACUCCAGAGUGUUGAACAGACUGUAAACACACUGAAUGACUCCAGACAUGACAACGUCUUUCUAAAUGUUGUUUACAA